UACACUCUAUCCGUAGUUUCGUACAGCCAGUCAUGGCAGUCGAACUCUACGGCCCAUGCAGAGUACAUCUCCACGCUCUUAUUCUCUUUGCCUUUUUGCCUCGUCCCUCUUUCUCCACCUUCGCAAGUAGCCUAAAUUCUGUGAUGGGGGAGACAACCAGAGAUGCAUCUCCCAGCAAAUCACGCGCCAUGUUCGUUGCAAGGAGCGGUCCACAUUUCGGCGAUGGAAACCGCAACGAGGAUAGCCACAGCUCGGGGAGCCGUUCGUCCUAGCAAGCAUACGGAUACUUUAUUCUUGCUCCGCUCUGAGUUCCCUGGGGCACCU